AACCACCGGCAGACCCACACCACCGGCCUCUUCCGCUGCGCCGCCUGUCACAAGGCCUUCUACAACCUGAUGGCCCUGAAGAACCACCGGCGCACCCACGCCGAGCGCCGCCGGCACCGCUGCGGGCUCUGCCCCAAGGCUUUCCGCCUGCGCCGGCAGCUCCUGGGCCACCAGCGCCUGCACCCCCCUGCCACCGGUGACCUACAGGCGGACAAGGGGCCGCCAGCGCAGCCGGACGCCGUGGAGACGGUGUCGGAGGACUCACCGGCGCUGCCAACGGCGUUAUGGGCGGCAGAGGUGUCUAUGGGACACCUGGAUGGGAUGGAGACGGUGUUGGAGGACUCUCUGGCACCACCGGCCACGUUACAGGCGGUGGAGGGACCUCCAGGACACCUGAACACAAUGGAGACGGUGUUGGAGGACUCCUCGGUGCCACCACCAACAGUACAGGUGGAGGAGAAGUCGGUGGGACGCCUAGAUGCGAUGGAGACGGUGUUGGAGGACUCUUUGGCACCACCAACAACGUUACGGGCGGCAGAGGUGUCUGUACAACACCUAGACGGGAUGGAGACGGUGUUGGAGGACUCCUCGGCACCACCAACCACGUUACAGGCGGCAGAGGCGUCUAUGGGACACCUGGACGCGAUGGAGAUGGCGUUGGUGUCCCCCUCGACACCUCAGACCGCGUUGUCGGCGCUACAGGCGCCUCCGGGACACCUGAACGCACCGCUGACGGUGUUGGAGUCCUCCCCGUCACCCCAGACGGCGUUAUCGGCGCCGGGGGCGUCCCCGGUACACCCCAACCCGCGGGAAACAGGGUGUGAGUCUUCCUCAGCGUCCGACCCUGCGGGACACCUGGACGCGGCGGUGACGGUGUUGGAGUCCUCCCCGGCGCCCGCUGCGCCGUCCCGCGGCCCCCCGAGCGCCCAUGAUGAGGACCCGCCCCAGGAGGACCCACCUCCGUGGGGACCCAGAUGA